GAACAGUGACCAGAACACUGUAAAGAUGAGGAGGUCCAGUCACACAGGAAAGACUUCCGAAGCUCUGUUUCUUAUUUUCAGCUUUUUGGUCUUAUGUGUUGGUUCCCAGAAAUCUCGAAGGAUGAAUACGUUAUAUUGAAACGAUUUGGAGUUUCACCACGUCGUUACAGUCCAUAUCACCACAUCCAAUAAUACUCUAUCCGUCGUCCGUGUAUAUUGGCAAUAGCCCUUCAGCGUAGUUUCCAUUGUAAGGUUGUCAUGUCAAAAGAACACCACUACUCCCUGUAUAGUGUUCAUAAUCUAGCUAGUGUGCAAGGACGACAAUUUCCCAUCAUUCCUUUCCACAGUUCGAUCGCAAAGAAAGUUAUAGGUGCUUCAUCGGUAUGUCUUACUACAAAAUAGAAUGAAUACCUGUUUCAUUCUCCAGCUAGCUUGAGGUAUGUGGCAGUUAAACGGAUAUGUUGUAGAAGCCGCUUCUUUAUAGUGACAAGUGUCGUUUUUCCAGAAGAAGAUCCUUCUUGAUUAUAUUGCGUAGUGCUACUUGCGACACCAGAACGGCUUACUAACAUUUAUCUUUGUGAACUCUCACCUGUUAGAAGACACCGAACUUUGCUUACAAGGGCUGAGUUAUUACUUGUUUUAAGUCUCUUUCUGGGUGGUCAUUUUUCCCAAGUUGAUCCAACGCCUUUGAUUUCCAAUGCUAUUAAGUAGAAGGAAUAUCCCCGUCUCGGAAAUUCUAGAUCUUCCAAUCUGAACAAAUGCCUAGUCACAGAAGAUCCACCCAGGGAACAAUAAAUGACUUAGACAUGCUGGACGAACUGCUAAGAGAUUAUGACAGACGAGCUUUACCCACCAGUUAUCUUGGUAUCCCGACGGUUGUGUCAUGUCAAAUAUACAUCAGAAGUAUUGGUUCCAUUAACCCUGAAACAAUGGACUAUGAAGUGGAUCUUUACCUACGUCAGAUGUGGCACGACAGUCGUCUACAGACACAUAACUUAUCCAGACCGCUCGAUCUGAACGAUCCAGUCUUGGUUAAACGAAUAUGGAAACCGGAGGUUUUUUUCGCUAAUGCCAAAAAUGCAGAGUUCCAGUAUGUAACUGUUCCCAAUGUGUUAGUGAGAAUCAAUCCUUCUGGAGAAAUACUCUAUAUGCUCAGACUGAAGCUGACUUUCUCAUGCAUGAUGGACCUAUAUCGCUAUCCACUGGACUCGCAAGUUUGUACGAUUGAGCUAGCAUCAUUUUCCAAGACAACGGAGGAACUAAGCCUCAAAUGGUCAGUUCAGAAUCCUGUUCAACUGUACGAUAACUUAAAACUUCCUCAGUUCGAAAUCAAAGAAGUGAACACGUCGCUUUGCAGUGAGAAGUUCCACAUCGGGGAAUACAGCUGUUUAAAAUCUGAAUUCAACCUGCAGAGAUCAAUCGGCUACCACCUUGUCCAGUCGUAUCUCCCUACCAUUCUUAUUGUGGUGAUCUCUUGGGUAUCCUUCUGGCUGGACGUUGAGGCUAUCCCGGCUCGGAUUACACUCGGAGUGACCACACUACUGACUAUUUCUUCCAAAGGCUCUGGGAUCCAGAGUAACUUGCCUCCGGUAUCGUAUGUAAAGGCUAUCGACGUGUGGAUGGGUGCCUGUACUACUUUUGUCUUCGCUGCUCUAUUGGAAUUUACUUUUGUCAACUACUUGUGGAGGAAACGAGUGAUCAUGAAGACUCCUGGUGAUGGGACCAGAAAUCAGAUUUCUUUGAAACUGCUAACCCAUAUCAAAACCUGCAAUGGAAACCAGGACUCGGAAGAAGACAAACAACAGGUAGAAGAGGACGAACUGAACUCUACCCUGGUCCCCCCUGCUGAUCACAAGAUAAAGGCCAAACGGAUUGACAGAACAUGCCGCAUCGGAUUUCCUUGCUUGUUCUUCAUUUUUUGUGUUGUUUAUUGGCCGUACUACCUGUUGUAAGGGGGAUUUGGAUGAAAAAGUAUGGAUUUUAUAAUGUAGUAACUUAAAAGUUAAUUUUCGUUGUAUUAGUCAUCAUAACUUAUAAUUGCUUAGAGAAAACCGAGGCAAAAACAGGUACCAGCUGAAAUGUAUAAAUUUGAGUGAUGUAAUAUAUUUUGUGAACACGAUUCAGCAAUGUAAGUCAACGCUAAUACUUAGAUAAUUUUUGUUUGUGUGAUAUUUUUGAGGUUCUUGACUUAUAAACAUCCACGGCUAACUCAAACUUUAUAGGCUAUAAUAGGUUAAGACAAAUGAAUGUUAAAAUGUUUAAAAGAGAAAUAAUAUAAAUACAUUAGUAUAACUCUAUACAGACACUAGCGGUAUACAAAUGUCUGGAAAUCAUUGAAUAAACCUUCUAGUCUUCCAAGCAUGAUAUCUAUUAUAUCAUGCUUGAAAUAGUAGAAAUUUGCAGGUUAAAUUAUAGUUAAUGUUCGUUUCAUGAGUAAGUUCCAAGUGUUUUUACGAAUUCUUAAGUGUGUGGAUGUGCUAUGGUUUAUUAAGAAUCGGUGUUAAGUUUGGAUCUGUAAAUAAGCAGAGAGUAUGAAUUAUCUUAAACUCAAUUGGAUCAAAACACAUGAAGCCUCUACUUGAUAAUUCCACAUUGGCACGCUAGAGGGUUUUUUAAGCGAUGUGAAAAUGCUGAGUAUAUUCUAUUACAUAUCCUAGUCCACAUCGACAAAAUUGGCACAUGCGUCUGCUUCUUCAAGUAAGACUGAAUUUCAUCCAUGGAGUUAUGCAAACUAACCUGUAUGAGUAUCAGCGAAACCAUACGUUCAAGGUGUUUGCCAAUUUUCACGCAAGAAACGGCUUAGAUGAACGCAAGGGAAUUAUUAAGAGGGAGAUAGUACCAUGUAACCCCAAGAAUAGAAUCAACUGGUUAUAAAAAAAAGGUUCUUGGAACUGGAAGUCAAAAAAGACCUUAUUGUAGACAGUAGUUAUCCGAAUGUUGAAUACUUAGCAAAACAUUUAUGAAACAGAAAACGACUUUUAUAGGAUAUUAAGAACAAAAAUGAUAAGCAGAAUCUGAGAACUUAGCAUGCGAGAUUAACUACCUUAAAAAAAUAUAUAGCAAACGACACCUGGAAAACAGAUCAAAUACAAUUUUGUCACUGUGAGAAAUAAAAUUGAAAAGCAAAAUUCUUCUCAUUGUGAAAGAGAGAGAGCAAACUGAGUUUUCCGUUUCAGACAUUGGCUUGUUGUAAACAAAAUAACCAAUCUUUCUCAAUAUAAAAUACUUAGACUGUCAAAAUUAUAUUAACAUUGACAAAAAAAGAGAGGAAGUUAUUUUAAUAUAAAGAGUUGACAAAAUUAUUGUAAUUAUUUCUUUGGAGAAUACUAGAAGGGUAUGAUACAAUAACUUGCUGUAAGAUAUUACAAAAAUAGGAAAACUGGUGUAUAAAGAACAAAAUAGAAACGUAGUAUUCAGAAUAUUCUCAUGGUUAAAUAU